UGCGCGGGGCCCGGGCCGGCCGCGCUCCCGGCGCCGCUGGGGCCUCCGGCGGGGAGCGAGCGAGGCGAGAAGGGAGGCCCGGCCCGGUGCUCCCCGAGACGGGCGGGGGGAGCAGGAGAGCCCCGCGUCCUCCGCCCGCAGCUUUGCUAGCGCGGCCCUCCGCGGGGAAGGGGAGCGGCGGGACCGGGCCGGUGCCCCCCGGAGCUGCUGGGUCCUUUCUUUCCCCGCUCUCGGCUGCAUCUCUCGGUUGCGGAGCAUCGUCUGCGGGGCCGAGCGGGUGCGGGACACGAGCAGAGGAAACAACAGGUCUCGUUCCCUGCUCGCCUUCCAAAGCGACGCCAGCGCCUUGCUCUUGGGAUUAUAAAUGUUUGAACUAAGACCCAGGGAACUGGAAGGAGAGCCUCCCGUUGGAAUUAAUAGAAGAGAAAAGAAGGGAGGCUUUUCCAAAGCCUCUACAAGAAAGCUCGUGCUGUUUUCCCCUGCUGUCCGUACUCUGUUUAAUAGUGCGAUUGUGACCUGAGUGGAAUUUAUGAGCGAUGAACUAUUGAAGCUUGUUGCACCUCUGCAUCGGACUACAUUUUUGGUUUUUUUUUUCCCUCAGCCCAUGAUUCCUCCAUCCCAGCUGUUGCAGGACCUAUGGGCCAGUAAUAGAGGAAUGGGAAGCUGAGACAGUUUAUUUUCACAUUCUUCUGUGCCGGGGACUUGGCGAGUUAGCUGAAGCUGCUGCUUUUUACUGGAUCUGCUCUUUCCUCGGCAGGUUUUUCUUUUUUUUUUUUUUUUCAUGUGUUUCGAUUAAACAGCCAUUGGACUGGAGCUGGAUGGAUGCUUUGCAGCCCAAAAGGUUUUGGGGGAUAACAGAAAACUGCUAAAACAGAGAAGAACUGGUGCUGCAGGAAACGUGGGGCCUGUUUUCCAAGCCUUUUUGUUUUAUUGAGCAAGAUGAUGUGUGAGGUGAUGCCAACCAUCAGUGAGGCCGAGAUUCCCGCCGGGGGAAACGGAGGCCACGGUUCAGGUUCCCCAUUGCAGUCAGAUGCUGAUUCCCACUUUGAGCAGUUAAUGGUGUCCAUGCUGGAAGAAAGGGAUCGCCUGCUGGAAACACUCCGAGAAACUCAGGAGACGCUCGCGCUCACCCAGGGCAAGCUGCACGAAGUUGGCCAUGAGAGGGAUUCCUUGCAGAGGCAGCUCAAUACUGCACUUCCACAGGAAUUUGCAGCGCUUACAAAAGAGCUGAAUGUAUGCAGGGAGCAGCUGCUUGAAAGGGAAGAAGAAAUUGCUGAACUGAAAGCAGAAAGAAAUAAUACAAGGCUGUUACUGGAACAUUUGGAGUGUCUUGUCUCCAGGCACGAGCGAUCCCUCAGGAUGACUGUUGUGAAGAGACAAGCUCAGUCUCCAGCAGGAGUUUCUAGUGAAGUAGAAGUUCUCAAAGCACUAAAAUCUUUAUUUGAGCAUCAUAAAGCCCUUGAUGAGAAGGUAAGGGAGAGGCUACGAGUAGCACUUGAAAGAUGUAGCUUAUUGGAAGAAGAACUAGGUACUACACAUAAAGAGUUAAUGAUUCUGAAAGAGCAAAAUAAUCAGAAGAAAACACUUCCAGAUGGGAUGCUGGAUAUAAAUCAUGAACAAGAAAAUACACCUACUACAAAUGGCAAGAGAUCCUCUGAUGGUUCAUUAUGCCACGAUGAGAACCUUGCUAAAGUGAUUGAACUCCAAGACAUCAUAGAUAAGCAAAACAAAGAGCAGACACAAAUGAAAGAACGUCUCACUGCUUUGUCCAGCAGAGUAACCGAGCUGGAAGAAGAUCUUGACACAGCAAGGAAAGACCUAAUAAAAUCUGAAGAAAUGAACACAAAGUUACAGAGGGAUGUACGAGAGACUCUGGCCCAGAAGGAGGACAUGGAGGAGAGAAUCACCACUCUGGAGAAACGCUACCUCGCUGCACAACGUGAAGCUACAUCCGUGCACGACCUCAAUGAUAAACUUGAAAAUGAAAUUGCCACUAAAGACUCCAUGCACCGACAGAGUGAAGAUAAGAACAGGCAACUGCAAGAACGACUGGAACUGGCUGAGCAAAAGCUGCAGCAGACCCUGAGAAAAGCUGAGACUUUGCCAGAGGUGGAGGCUGAGCUGGCACAGAGAGUUGCAGCACUUACAAAGUCUGACCUUUUGUCUCCUGGGAGCUCUGCUGCUAAAGAUGCUAAAGUUUUGGAACUUGCCACCAAGCUUAGGAAGGCUGAGGAGAGACACGGCAAUAUCGAGGAGCGACUGAGACAGAUGGAGGCACAGCUUGAAGAGAAGAAUCAAGAACUGCAAAGGGCUAGACAGAGAGAGAAGAUGAAUGAAGAGCAUAAUAAACGUUUGUCAGAAACUGUUGAUAAGCUCCUGUCUGAAUCCAAUGAAAGGCUCCAGCUUCAUCUCAAGGAGAGGAUGGCUGCCCUGGAAGAUAAGAAUUCACUUCUUCGAGAAAUUGAAAAUGCAAAAAAACAAAUAGAAGAACUUCAGCAUGAAAAGGAUCAGCUUGUUUUAAAUGUUGAUGCAUUAAGGGCUGAAAAUGACCAAGUGAGACUCAGAGCCACAUCACUUCAUCAUAGCAGACCAGAUUUCAGGUUCCCUGUGGCAUCCUCCUCUGUGGGGGACAGUCACACAGAGUCCUACGGCACCUCCUCCGUGCUGAGGCGGCCCCAGAAGGGCCGUUUGGCUGCUCUCAGAGACGAGCCCUCAAAGCAUGUUCAGACCCUGAACGAGCAGGAUUGGGAGCGGGCCCAGCAAGCCAGUGUGUUGGCAAACGUGGCACAAGCAUUUGAGAGUGAUGUGGAUGUGUCUGAUGUGGAGGACGACAGGGAGACCAUUUUCAGCUCAGUUGAUCUGCUGUCACCAAGUGGUCAGGCUGAUGCUCAGACUUUGGCCAUAAUGCUGCAGGAACAGUUGGAUGCAAUCAACAAAGAGAUCAGACUGAUCCAGGAGGAGAAGGAGAACACGGAGCAGCGCGCCGAGGAGAUCGAGAGCAGGGUGGGCAGCGGCAGCCUGGACGCGCACGGCCGGUUCCGCUCCAUGAGCUCCAUCCCUCCCUCGUACGCCGGCGGGGCCCUGGCCGGCUCCUCCCCGCCCGGCAGCGGCCGCUCCACGCCGCGGCGCGUCCCGCACAGCCCGGCGCGGGAGGUGGACAGGCUGGGCAUCAUGACACUGCCUAGUGAUUUAAGGAAACACCGUAGAAAGUCUCCAUCUUCCAGAGAAGAGGUACGAGACGACAAAACCACCAUCAAAUGCGAGACAUCGCCACCUUCCUCACCUCGGUCUUUGCGUCUGGACAGAGUCCAGAAAGGAGCUCUGCAUACAGUGAGCCAUGAAGAUAUCAGGGACAUUAGGAAUUCAACAGGUUCACAAGAUGGGCAAACAAGUAAUCCUAGUAGCAGUAACAGCAGCCAAGAUUCCCUUCACAAAGCCCCCAAAAAGAAGGGGAUCAAAUCCUCUAUUGGCCGCCUGUUUGGCAAGAAGGAAAAGGGACGACCUGGACAAACAAGCAAGGAAGCUCUGGGACAAGGUGGCAUGGGAGAAGCAGAUGGUUCCUCUCAGGAUGCAUUAGGUCUCAGCAAACUUGGAGGUCAGGCAGAGAAAAACAGGAAAAUGCAGAAAAAUGCAAAAUCAGGGCACGAGUUGCUGGAGGAAGCCAGAAGACAAGGUUUGCCUUUUGCACAGUGGGAUGGGCCCACUGUGGUGGUGUGGCUGGAGCUGUGGGUGGGGAUGCCAGCCUGGUACGUGGCAGCCUGCCGAGCCAAUGUGAAAAGCGGUGCUAUCAUGUCAGCCCUGUCUGACACGGAAAUCCAGCGGGAAAUCGGGAUCAGCAAUCCCCUGCACAGGCUCAAGCUUAGGCUGGCCAUCCAGGAAAUCAUGUCAUUAACCAGCCCCUCUGCCCCUCCCACCUCAAGGACGACCACGGGAAAUGUCUGGGUAACACAUGAAGAGAUGGAAAAUCUUACAGCCACACAACAAACGGAAGAUGAGGAGGGAAGCUGGGCUCAGACAUUAGCCUAUGGUGACAUGAACCACGAGUGGAUUGGCAACGAGUGGCUCCCGAGCCUGGGGCUCCCUCAGUACCGCAGCUACUUCAUGGAAUGUCUGGUGGAUGCUCGGAUGCUGGAUCACUUAACUAAAAAAGACCUGCGUGGGCAGCUGAAAAUGGUGGACAGCUUCCACAGAAACAGUUUUCAGUGUGGAAUUAUGUGCCUCCGAAGACUGAAUUAUGACCGAAAAGAACUGGAAAGAAAAAGAGAAGAAAGCCAGAAUGAAAUUAAAGAUGUCCUUGUGUGGAGCAAUGAGAGGAUGAUCCACUGGGUCAUGUCCAUCGGCCUUAAGGAAUACGCGAACAACCUGAUCGAGAGCGGAGUUCACGGUGCACUUGUGGCCUUAGAUGAAUCCUUUGAUUACAAUGCAUUAGCUCUCCUGCUGCAAAUCCCCACUCAAAACACACAGGCUCGUGCUGUUCUGGAGAGGGAAUUCAAUAACCUUCUUGCUAUGGGCACUGACAGAAGACUUGAUGAAGAUGAUGAUAAGAGCUUUAGGAGAGCACCUUCGUGGAGAAAGAAGUUUAGACCAAAGGACAUAAGAGGUUUAGCUGCUGGAUCAGCAGAGACUCUUCCUGCAAAUUUCAGAGUUACAACCUCAAUGUCUUCACCCUCUAUGCAGCCAAAGAAGAUGCAGAUUGAUGUUUACCCACACUAUUUCUACCGGUGAUAUGCAGCAUUUUGAACAUUUGGAACCCUUAACCUGUUAAUACUUGUUAAAUGGACACUUUGAGAUAUUUUAUUACAGAGUUUUUAAUUAGCAAAUAAAUUCAUGAGUACUAUAGAGAAAAUAUUUUAGAAUCUAAAUGUUUCUUAUAUUUAUGUGACUUCUCAUUUAUAUAGUUACUUACUUUUUCUGUUUCUAUUCAGUCUACAAAUCAAAUCAUUGCUGAUUUUUUUAUUCUAAUUUUAGUCUUUCCAACUGAAUGUACUGUAAUGCUUGUAUGUAUAUGUCCCUAUGAGCAAUAUAGGGUUUUUGUAAAUUAUGCAGUUACUGUAAUUAUCGUUGUUUUUUAAUAAUGAAACUGAAGGUGAAAAGGAUUUUAAUACCUUUGUAAAAGUAUCAUGACACCGAGCAGUAUAUAUUUUGUCUUUUGGAGCUCUUAGCUUAGAUCUGAAAACAAGUCCAGCUUUUUUUCAGGUGAGCCUUUGUUGACGUAGGAGGGACGGUACACGAGCGUUGUUCUUCUCAGAGCUGUACCUUUCCACACAGAGGAUGUGUCAAGUAGUGGCAAUUUGUCUUUAUUUAAAGUAGAACUUGUUUGCAAAGCUGGGAGGAGCUCCUAACCCUACGGGACACGUUGGAGGAGCGAUUGCCUCAGUGGUAACAGCCCGUGCUGUAUUUGUAUCGCAGCUCUUCGCAGUGACUGAAAACAAGCCAUAAACCAAGGACUGCUUUUAGUUUUGCUUUUCCUCACCUGAGGAAGACAGACUUCAUAAUGAUUCCUGGUUGUGAGCCACAGGCCACAGAGAGGUUUUUUUUGUCCUAGACCUUUUUGCUUGAAAACACUUGGUGGAAAGAUGCUGGUAGAACCAGUUUUAAUGGACCAAUCCUAAAGCACUGCAGCCUCCUGUCAAAUGAGUAGUGAAAGAUGAAGGUACAAUGAUGGGCUGAAAAAAAGCAGUGCAUCUUCUAAUAAAGGCCUUACUUUUCUUAUGUAAGUCAUCCUAUGUGUUUUGUAAACUUGUUCUAAAGACUUGUCUGGACUUUCAUUUUGAUGGUUGUAGCCAUUUUGGACUGUAUGAGUAGAAAAUGUAUCUGACACUUGUAAAUGGCAUAUUAAAAAGCCAGCAAGAAUCUGUUCAGAUGGUGCAUUAUUUAUUAUGCAACUAUAUAUAUAGCAUGUCUUUUUUCUUAUUUUGUUUUCCACUUUUAACUUGCUUGUAAAACUGAAAUCCAUUGUUACUGUUCUGUUUUUCUAUUAAUCUUUUGUGUAUUUUCAGAUUAUGUAACAAUAUGUACAGUCUACUUUUGAACUAUUUUUAUCACAGUAUUAUUUAUUGCUUUCUUUCAAUAAAGUACUGAUGCAUUUUCCACUGCCAAUAAAACACUAUGGAAAAGCUAAGAUCUAAUUGUAUGCAGGCAGAAACUUUUGCAGUGAGUGGAUAUUGUCAAUAAAGCAUCUUAAUGAUUGUUUGCUGCCCUAUAGAUCUGGUUUCAAAUGAUGACCUUUCUCCAGUAGCAAAAAUAUUCCGUUCAAUGUGACAUUUUCUUUGGAAGUGUUCGAGUUCACAUGCACUAACACCAGUUUUCUGGAAAAAAACUGCUUUAUUGCCUACUUCUACUCAUAGUUAGAGCUAUGAUUUGCUUUUUAAAAUAGUAAACCAGACCUGUCAUACAACUUCAGUGUAUUCUGGUCCACAUGAUGAAGAUGGAAGUGCUGUUCUAGACAGCACCAACAGUUGCUUUGGUAAUAAAAUGGGAUCGUGACCAUAGUGAUACUUGGGGAGAAACAUACGAGUCAAGGGAACCAGUGCAAAAUGGGGUCACAGUAGAGCUGUUCAUGUCUAUUUUGAUAUAUUUGUAAACCCUUUCGUUGAGUAGAAGACAGAAGGAUAAAGUUGCAGGAUACUGGAAGCAGUAGUGAAGCAUAUUUCAUCAGGUCCUCAACAGCAGGGUCUGGAAUGCCUGGAGAAUCACUGCCGUGGAUGCUCCAAACCUUGUUCAGUAAUGCAUCUCUGUUUGUCUGGCUUGUCUGUACGAGUUGCUGUCUGUUCAUUUGCAGUCUCUUUUAUAUUCUCAGAGAAUCUAUCUUUCUAGAAAAAACUAAAAUGAAACUGCAGAAGGAAAUCCUGACUCACUGCUCAGCUAAACUUUGCUGUUUAGAGAAACCUUGCCUAGGCGUUGCUGGUCACUGAUGUGAUAGUAGGUGUUCAAAGUCAUGUAUUGUUGCUUCUCAAAAGUGAAACCAAUGCGGGAUAGACUUGUAAAAUGUGAACAGAAACUGCGUUUAUUAUUUUGAGGCUGUAAAACCUUAACUGUUAUGGAACAAUGGAACUGACAUGAGAGGUAGAAUAAAUGAGUGAAAUGGCGAAAGCUUUCA